UUUAGCUUUGUAUUUGUUGCGAUGGUGGUUUUAGAUUUAGAGUUUGAAAAAUUUCUGGGACAAGGUGCAUUCGGUUCGGUGAGUCUCUUUAAGCACGAAAGACAACGCGACGGCAAAAUUCUCCACGCCGCCGUGAAAACUUCCGCCGAUCAACACGCCAAAGCUCUCUGCCAAGAGUUUCAGAUCCUUUCAAAAUUCAAAGGAUAUUCGAGAAUCGUCCAAUGUUACGGGAACGGAGUGCAAGCUAAAGUCAACCACAAGGAGGGUUACGUGGAAUACAAGAUUCUCAUGGAGUACGCGGCUGAAGGAAGCUUGAGCACUUUCAUGGACCGUUUCGAAUACGGGAAAUUGCCUGAGCCGAUGAUCAGAGAGUUUACACGUAUGCUUCUCGAGGGUUUAGCCACGAUUCACGGACACGGCUAUGUUCACUGCGAUCUCAAACCCGAAAACAUCCUUGUUUUCCCUAGCCGUGUCUACGACUACAAGAAGGGUGCGUGGAGAACGUCUUACGAAUUGAAGAUUUCUGAUUUCGGGUUGUCGAAGAAAGAGGGAGACACUAAGUGGUGGCAUCCUGAUCAACCGUUUGCGGGAACACCGAUCUACAUGUCCCCUGAGUCGAUCUCUCACGGAGAGAUAGGGAAAGGACUUGACCUAUGGUCGUUGGGAUGUGUUGUGUUGGAGAUGUACACUGGAAAGAGACCAUGGUGGCAUACAAACGAUUACUUGGAGGAUCUCAUGAAUUGCUACGAGCCACUGUUUCCGAGUAAUCUUCCUUGCGAUGCAAAACACUUUCUCAUGACCUGUUUUGCGUCAGAACCAGAUGAGAGAAAAGACGCGUUGACAUUGUUGAGCCAUAGCUUCGUACCUAGAGAUGUCAAUCCUAAGUUGGCAAAUCUGAAGACUGAGAAUCCCAAGGAUUUGUCCCUGGGACUGGAGAAAAUUAGACAGAUGCUUUACGAAAUUAAGAGUAUGUGUUAAUUUCAAGCGUUGAUGAGUUAAUCAGCCAGAGCCCUCGUCAACAUUGAUAUGAUUCAUUCACUUUUUUAUGUUUAAUUAGUAGAAUUGUGUAAAGAUUAUAUUUUUCUGUCUUAAUUAGUAGAGUUAUGUAAUA